CAGUGUGCUAGUUGAAACCUUCCCGCUAUGCCAGCACAUAAGACCUGCGCAUAAAUCUCAUCACUUCAACUUUUUCCAGUGAUCACAUCCCCAACAUCUUUCUCUCUGCUUUUUGUCUUCACCAUUACACAAACACCUCCAAAUUCCACCUCCAAAUCACUCCACCUCUUCCUCUUCCUAUUAAAAGAUCUCUUUUUUCCCAACCCAAAAAUCCUUUCUUUAAUUCCUAAAUCUUAGUCAUUACUUUACAUUCACAUCUGAUCUCUCACAUUCAGAUCAAAGAUUCAAACUUUAUACAAUCUGAAGCACAUAUCAUGUUUGAUUUAACGUAACAUUCUCUUAUUAUAAAGAUUCUUUAUUUAUAUACAAAAACAGAAAAGAAAAGGGUCUUUAAUUUCUGGUUUUCAAGAAUGUCACAGGUGAAACCUCUAAAGAAACCACCUGGUUUCAGAGAUGCUACAAUACCAAUUCAAAGGCCACCACAACCGCCGCCGCUGCGAAAGAUUAACCUUCCACCAUCAUUCUACCAAGAAAAGAAGCGUAGAACUUGUUGCUUUAGUUGUUGUUGUUGCUGUUUUGUUUUUCUAAUUUUGUUACUAUUUUUAGUAGCAGCUGGUGGUGCUCUCUACCUGUGGUUUAAUCCAAAACUCCCUGUUUUCCAUUUAAGAUCCCUUGAGUUUACUAAAUUCAAUGUCACUGAAAAUCAAGAUGGUCCAAAAUUAAAUGCACAAUCAAAUGUUGGGGUUGAGUUAAAAAAUCCAAAUAGGGAGUUGAAGUUUGUAUAUGGUGAAACUAAAGUGGAACUUAAAGGUGAAAAUGAUGUGAACAUGGGUGAAGGGAAAGUUUCUGGUUUUGUGCAAGAGAAGAAGAGUGUUAAAGUUGUUAAAUUUGUUAUGAAAUCUAAUGAAAUGUUGUAUGGUGAUAAUGUUGGGAAAGUGAUCAGAAGUGGAUUCAAGAGCAAGAAUUUGAGAGUUUCUGCUGAAGUGAGUACUACUAUUGGUAUUGGAUAUAAUGAAUGGAAGAGUUGGAAAAUUGGAGUAAGAGUUUCUUGUGGAGGUUUGAGGUUAAAGCAGAUUGAAAAUGGUGCUACACCAAAAUGUGGCAUUACCUUGUUUAACUGGUUUCAUUUAAAUUGAUUGAUUCAACGCCUAUCGAUACAAAUAUAACCGAGAACAAGGAAUGAAGACAUUGCUAUAAUCUGAGAAUGAGAAGAAUGAAUUGGUAUUGUGCCCAAAUUCAUACAUGACUUAAUAUUUAAGCUCACUUUUUAGAUAUAAAAGCUUAUCGAAGUUAGAUCCAGAAGUUCCAUCUUACAGCUGGUGAUUUAUAGUUGCAAGUGUGUCCUUUCAACUUGUAACCAAACUAUAAGCACCUGUAUAGCAUAGAUGUUGGAGCAUGUAAAGGAUGAAAGAGUAGAUAUAUAUAAGUAUUACUGUAAUAGCAGCAUGGACAUUUUAUUUGUAAAGGCACUGGCUAUAUAUUCCUGUUGUAUGGGAUAUUUUACUAAGUUUUGCACUCGUGAAAGUAUACAAUCAA